AGAAAGUAGCCUUGCAGCAAUCCCACCGUGGUCGACCGGUCAAUCGCUACUGAAUUGCUAUCUCGCUGAGCGGAUAGACUUUUCUCUUCUUCUGCAACGUCCCCUAGGUCGACAAUCCGCGUCACUUCCCGUGCCCGACCAACCGCGAAGCUCCCGUCCAACCGGACAGAAUUGGCCGUGCUUCAUUCAUCUUCACAUCUUCAACGCCAUCUCUACGACUAGGAAACUUCAAGUCCUCACGCACAUCACCAAAAUGCGUCCUACCAACCUCCUCCGGGCCCUGCAGCCCCUCCGCACCAGCCUGAUCCGAUCCACCCCCUCCACCACCACCACACCCUCUCUCUACCACACCGUCCAGCGGACCCUCACGACGACUACCCCCCGACUCAACGAGUCCCAACCCCAGCAACCCGAAUCCACCACCACCACCCCCUCUCCUCCCACCGAGACUCCCACCGACACCCCAACCGCACCCACCACCGUGCCCCCCUCCCUACGCAGCUACCCCUACAAAACCAAAACCGGCACCGUGAUCUCGGUCGGCCGCAUGGACCGCACGGUGCGGGUCAGCCACCGCCACACGAUCUGGGACAAGCACAUCCAGAAACCGUACCCGAAGAUCACGACGUUCCUGGUGUCGGAUCCCCGGAACUCGCUGCGCGAGGGCGACGUGAUUGAGUUCUCGAAUGGAUAUCCGAAGACGCGGAACGUGCAUCAUGUCGUGGAGAGGAUUAUUGCGCCGUUUGGGUCGGCGAUUGAGGAGAGACCGGCUGUGAUGAGUCGGGCGGAGAGGGAUGCGGAACGCGCGGUGAAGAGGGCUGCGAAGUGGGAGAGACGGGAGGCGAGGCGCGUGGAGAAGGGGGGGUUGGUUGGGGAGGGGGGGAGGGAGCAUGUUGGACGUAUUCGGAGGUUGGUGGGUGAGAGGAUGGCUGCUACUAAUGGGCAGGUUGUGGUUUAGAUGGGAUGUUUGUGUGUAAUCAAAUGGUUGUUAAAUGAGGUGGAGGAGGAGGAGGUGGUGGUAGAAGGGUGUGAGAUGGGGGGAGUUUCCUUGUCUGUUCGAUCAUGUAUGUAAACUUGUGUAUAUUACUAGCUAUUUCAUGGCAUUUGUUCUCUUGUCUCU